GUUCCACAUUUUGCCACCGAGGUUCCUCGCCUCCUGCGCCUAGCUUAGGAUUGGAGCUGUCCUCAGUUAAACUUAAAGUGUCAGAUGGGCUAGCACGGUAGGUGAGUCCCUGAAUUGUCAGGUAACUGCGGCCACCAGAAGAGGGGAUGCUAGCGUUCUGAUUUUGCGCCCCGGGAGGCAUGCUUUCGUAUAGUGCUGUUCGCGCAUCAGCGACCUUGAACCUUCUUCUCAACCGGAGAGCUUUCCAAACAUUCGCACCCAUUGGACGAAACAAGAACCGCAUCCAGUCGGUGGCAACCAACCUCAAAAGGGCUUCUGAUGGUCGGGUGCAGCAAGUGCCUUUAGGCGCACUUUCAUUUGCCCACCAAGCUGUUGUGGACGCGGCCUCUUUGAAAGCUGCAUUUCGCGCAGGGAGGUCACAUGGACGACACUACCACCACUUAGCUGUGCCUGCAGUCCCACACAAAGAGAAAUCGCUGACGCCUCAGAAAUCUGUGGCCCCGAGCUCCUUACGAGCCUGCGUUGCUGCGCCCUGGGUUGGGAAGAGUCACCUUUUCUUGAGAGAACCGCCAUGGGCUCCGGUCAGGUCAUGUAGCAGCAUCAGCAGCAACGAUGUAGCACCGGUCGAGCCCAGCACCACCACAUCCAUCGCUCAAGACAACUUUCCAGAAGCGGUCACAAGCGAUGGAGUCAGCCAGGACGCCGAAAAGGCCUCUGACACGCCGCCUGAGACUGGCAGCAUGCAAAGCUCAGGGACCAGUGGUGGUGCAGACACCGGAGCAGCAGGUUUGGGACUGGCGGCUCCGAAGCAGAAGAGGCAGUCGCCGGGUGGGGCGAGAUCGAAACCUAGAGGGCUACUUGAUUACACGCGCAUACGGGGCCACACGUUCCAGGACAGCUUGCCGAGAGUCUUUCAGGCAAUCCGAGAAGCGGACUUUGUCGCCUUUGACCUUGAAUACACGGGUAUCAACGCCGCGCCGUGGCAGCAGAUGGGCGAGUUUGACAACAAGGACACGAUCUACGCCAAGAGGAAGCAGAGCGCCGCCAACUUUGUGGUGUUGCAAGUUGGCCUGUGUCCCUUCCGGUGGGAGCCAGGCAAGGGCCGCUUUGAGGUGUCUCCAUUCAACUUCCUGAUCAGCCCCCCUGUCAAGAACACCCCCUCGUUCUACUGCGAGGCGGCCUCCUUGAAGUUCCUGUUGCUCAACAGGAUCGAGAUGACAGAAUCGUUGAACAAUGGCAUUCCGUAUCUGUCCGACGAUGGGGAGCGCUCCUUUAAGGAGCUGCACCUGGAUCGGAAGCUGCGGGAGGCGGCCUCUUUCCGGGACCACGAGUACGGUGAUCUGUCCCCCGAGGACACCAUCUCCAUCGAAAAGAUGGUUCAUCAGAUCUCAGAAUGGCAUGGCGCGAUCCUUGCUGCUUCAACGCAUGAAGAGGCGCCUUCAUCGAGACUUCGGUUACCCUCCUUGACCCUGCUGCAAAGGCGAGUGAUUGUUGAGGCCCUGCGCCGUCUCUUCCCGAUGGUAGUGCCGGUCACUUUGAACGAUGCCGCCGCGCACACCUACGAGAUGGGGGCCGGCACGGAAGCCAAGUUGAGAUGCACGCUGGAGAUUGUAUACGCGGAGAGCGAAGAAGAGAAAACCGCACAGGAAGCGCGGCUGCGAACAGAGAUCGAGGCGCAGACCCAGGCGUACAUAGACAAAAACGCCGGGUUCAAGCGGGUCGUCGAGGAGCUGGCAGGGGGGCCCGCCUUCCUUGUGGGCCAUAACUGCAUGCUUGAUCUGAUGCACAUUUUGGAUAAGUUCGGUCCCGGCGUGCCGCCCACCCCGCCAGAGUUCUCCGCGGAAGUGCGCUCCCGGUUCCCGGCCCUCUUCGACACCAAGCACAUGGUGUUCAGCGACGGCAUGGCCGACGGCUGGGGCAAGUUCACCAGCCUGUACCACCUGUUCAAGCGGACCAACGACUACGACGUACCGGUCAAGAAAGCGAAAGGCUUUGAAAACCUGCCCGACCUGCCGUCCCCGGCUAUGCGUUCGGGCACCGCGAAGCACGACGGCGGUUUGGACGCGUUCGCCGCGGGCCUGCUGUUUGCGCGGCUGGCCAAGCGGCGGGGCGUCGAGCCCGGCGAGCUGCGCCGCCUGCCCGAACUGACCCAAGGGCGGCACAGUAUGUGGGCGCCGCGACAGAACGCGGAGGACGGCUCCGGAAGAUCCGGGAAAGGACGGGACGCGACGGAGCCGCUGAAGCAGCUUGCCGCGACCGCCAACUUGCUGUACGCUGGUAUGAUCCACAACACGCGCGCGUCCUUCAGCCUGCUGCGGAACGGCCACGUGCGCGCGUGCCGCGCCGAGCACGACGCCAUGCACCGCGGCAAGUGGGCCCAGCACCGCCCGGACGUCCUGCUCCUGUGGGCGUUUCCGGACACGCUCUCGGACGAGCAGAUCCGCGACGCGAUCGCGGCGGAGCAGGGGCAGGCGGGCCACAAGAUCGGCCGCCUCGACGCGCGCGCGGCGCUCGUGCAAUUUCCGAGCGUUGAAUUGGCGGAUGCGUACUGGGAGGCGGCCCUGAGAUUGCAGGGUCAGCUGGGCUGCGGCGGGCGAGCGACGCUGGAGUUGGAACCGGGGCGGGAGGUGGUCGCCAAAGUGGAGACGUACGGCACGUUUGCGGAGGUGUGCCAGUCCGGGAUCACGGCGCCCACCUUCACGCAGGCUGCCACGUGGCUGGGCCUGGACCCGGCGAAGCCGCUGCUGAGGAGGGAGCAGGCGGGCGUGGAUCCCCGGUCGGCGCGGCGAGUGAAGGGAAAGUGGGCGUCGCGGGACGACCCGAGCGAAACUGGUGGAGGGGAGCAGGUUGACAAGCGGUCGACACCUGACACGAGGCGUGUGUGGAGAAGGGACACAAGCGGGGGCACAAAUGAUGGAUUGCAGUUGAAAAGCGAGGUGAACUUGAUGGUGGGAAGAAAGAAGGACCGCGAGACCACGGGAGUGGAGGAAGUUAGAACGCGAUUGAGACCCGAGGUGCAAUCAGAGGAAGAGAGCGGAACCACGAGAAAGGAGCAAGAUGAAACGCAGUUGCAACCGGAUGCAACGUCGGGGCAGAGAAAGGAGAAAAGGAAAGGCUUGAAAGAGAAGCAGGUCGCAACACAGUCGAACCCUUUGUAUGGUGUAUUCUCGCGAACAUCGUCAUAACGAGGUUGCCAUUGCACCUCAUGCAUCUUACCGUGCCCGCUACAGGAUAGCGAUGAUCACCACAGAAAAGUGAGCAGUACUGCAUGUGAACCCCUGACGCUUAAAGUCAGGAUGUCAUGCCAGACGUGAUCGAAACCGUUAUUGAUAUCGAUAAGCAGCUCUGUUCACCACAGUCGGACCAUGACAGG